AUGGCUGGCUUCCAGCUCUCAAGCCCGGCCAGCUUCCUGCUCUCAAGCCCGGCCGGCUCCCAGCUCUACAGCCCGGCCGGAUGCCAGCUCUACAGCCUGGACGGAUGCCAGGUUUUCGACUCCUGCUCCAGAAGCAGGGUUGAGUAUUUUGAUGAUAAAAAUAAUAAUUUCGCCCUCAAACUGAGAAACGUAAUGAAGAAGGAUGAACAUGAGUACUGCUUCAGAGUCAUAACAAAUGUAGAAGGUCAGAGAUGGAUGAGAACACCUGGAAUAAAACUCAGAGUUACAGAGCUCCUUGUAGAAUCUCCUGGAGAAGUAACAGAAGGAGAAUCAGCAGUUCUGACGUGUAAAACCACCUGCAAUCUGACUGAUCCAACAUUCAUCUGGUACAAAGAUGGACGUCCUUUAACCACAGAGAUGAUCCAGAAGAAUCAGCAGCUCCACCUGCAGACAGUCAGCAGUGAGGAUGCAGGCAGUUAUAGCUGUGCUGUAAGAGGAUCUGAACAUCUCCCCUCUACUGCUCAAACUCUCAGAGUCAGACAUCCUCCAAAGAGCGUCUCAGUGUCCAUCAGUCCCUCUGGUGGAAUAGUGGAGGGAAGUUCAGUGACUCUGACCUGCAGCAGUGAUGGAGACCCACCUGUGGAGAUCUACACCUGGUUUAAAGGAUCAUCAUCAGUAGGAACAGGAGGAACCUACAGCAUUCCCAACAUCAGCUCUGAGGACAGUGGAGAAUACACAUGCCAGAGUCGUAAUGAACUCGGAGACAAAAACUCCACUGCUGUCUCUUUAAAUGUUCUGUAUCCUCCAAAGAGCGUCUCAGUGUCCAUCAGUCCCUCUGGUGGAAUAGUGGAGGGAAGUUCAGUGACUCUGACCUGCAGCAGUGAUGGAUACCCACCUGUGGAGAAUUACACCUUGUUUAAGGGAUCAUCAUCAGUAGGAACAGGAGGAACCUACAGCAUUCCCAACAUCAGCUCUGAGGACAGUGGAGAAUACACAUGCCAGAGUCGUAAUGAACUUGGAAAGAGAAGAUCCACUGCUGAUGAAGAAGAGAGAUGCUGGAUCUGA